AUGCCAAAGAACACCAAGGUGACUCAGCGGGAACACAGCAAUGAACCGGUCACAGAGUCAGUGGCCGACCUGCUGUCCCUGGAGCACCCCAUGGACUAUAAGAGUAGCCAGAUGAGUAUGGGCCUCAGCCCUGGAUCUACCGCCCCAGUAAAAGCCCUGUUGCCCUCCCCUGAUCCAGAUGCUGAGGAUGGUCGGCCCGCGUGGAACAACAAGUUGGAGUACAUCCUGGCCCAAGUCGGUUUUUCUGUUGGUCUUGGCAACGUCUGGAGGUUUCCCUACCUGUGCCAGAAAAAUGGAGGAGGUGCCUAUCUGGUGCCCUACUUCAUUCUUCUGCUGCUCAUUGGGAUCCCCUUGUUCUUUCUGGAGCUGGCAGUGGGUCAGAGGAUCAGGCGUGGCAGCAUUGGGGUGUGGAAUUAUGUCUACCCACAGUUGGGGGGCAUCGGAGUCUCCAGUCUGAUGGUUUGUGGCUUUGUAGGGCUCUAUUACAACGUGAUCAUUGGCUGGAGCAUCUUCUAUUUCUUCCAGUCUUUUCAGUAUCCGCUACCUUGGGCUGAAUGCCCCUUCCAGAGAAAUGGAUCCCAAGCCAUUGUGGAACCAGAGUGCGAGAAGAGCUCAGCCACCACUUACUUCUGGUACCGCCAGACUCUUAAUAUCACCAGCAGUAUCGAUGACACUGGCGGCCUGAACUGGAGAAUGACCCUGUCCCUGCUGGUGGCGUGGAUCCUGGUCUGCCUUGCAGUCAUCAAGGGAAUCCAGUCUUCUGGAAAGGUGAUGUACUUCAGCUCUCUCUUCCCGUAUGUGGUGCUCUUCUGUUUCCUGGUGAGAGGUCUGAUGAUGAAGGGAGCCGUGGACGGCAUUGCUCAUAUGUUCACCCCAAAGCUGGAAAAAAUGCUGGAGCCGCAGGUGUGGAGGGAAGCAGCCACACAGGUCUUCUUUGCGCUGGGCCUGGGCUUUGGAGGAGUCAUUGCUUUCUCCAGCUACAAUAAGCGCGACAACAACUGCCACUUCGACGCUACGCUGGUUUCCAUCAUCAACUUUGUCACCUCCAUCUUAGCCACUUUAGUUGUGUUUGCUGUUCUGGGGUUCAAAGCCAAUGUCAUGAAUGAAAAGUGUGUCGUGGAGAAUGCAGAGAAGAUUCUGGGUUUCGUCAACAUGGGUGUGCUGAGCAAAGAGCUCAUCCCUCCUCACAUCAACUUCUCCCACCUGUCUGCACAGGACUACCAAGAGAUGUACGGAGUCAUAAAGACAGUAAAGGAGGACACCUUUGACCAGCUAGGGCUGGAUGCCUGUUUGCUGGAGGAUGAACUCAACAAGGCCGUUCAGGGCACCGGUCUGGCCUUUAUCGCCUUCACAGAGGCCAUGACCCACUUCCCUGCCAGUCCUUUCUGGUCGGUCAUGUUCUUCUUCAUGCUGAUCAAUUUGGGCCUGGGAAGCAUGAUCGGCACCAUGACCGGCAUCACCACACCAAUUCUGGAUGCUUUCAAAAUCCGUAAGGAGAUCCUGUGUGUGGUUUGCUGCAUCAUAGCCUUCCUGUUGGGGCUGCUGUUUGUGCAGCGCUCUGGGAAUUAUUUUGUCACCAUGUUUGAUGACUACUCGGCUGGUUUGCCUCUCACUGUGGUGGUAAUCCUGGAGAACGUCUCUGUGGCCUGGAUCUAUGGCACCAAGAGGUUCAUGCAGGAUCUGGAGGACAUGCUUGGUUUCAGGCCGUAUUCCUUCUAUUACUACAUGUGGAGAUAUGUGUCACCCGCUGUCUUGAUUGUGCUCAUCAUUGCAACGGUUAUUGAGAUGGCGGUCAGUCCUGCAGGAUAUAAUGCCUGGGUUGAGGCAGAGGGGUCGGAGAGUUUCCACAGCUACCCUCCCUGGGCUUUAGCUAUGGCAUAUUCCCUCAUUGUGGUUGCCAUGCUGCCCCUACCCAUCGUCUUCAUCGUCCGCCACUUCAACUUGAUCUCCGAUGGCUCCAACAAGCUGUCCGUGUCAUACCGCAAAGGUAUGAUGAAGGACAUCUCCAACCUGGAAGAGCAGGACGAGCAGCGCUUCAUCCUCAGCAAGAACCCCAGUGCGGCUCCCUCCCCCAUGCCUGCCCACCGCGCCUACCUGGGGCCUGGCGGCACUCAGGAGAUGACCAACACUAACUAUGGCACCAGUACCAAGACGGGCUACCAGAACAUCGGCUCCCCUGAGUCUGAGCUAUGA